AUGAAUGAGGGUCGGUUCGUCUGCCAGCUGUUUGUCGACUCUCUCCAGGUUCUCGAGGUGGAUAUCCUUUGGCCGCGUUGGGCGUCAACGGCGGUCCAGCACUACUGCGACACUGGCACGCCGAUCAACCCAAGUGGGUUCGCCACACGCGGUCGCCGCAUGACGCCAACGAGCUCUCAGCUCGAUGCCGCGGUUGGCCAGUUCGGGCCGCGUGAGCGUGUGGUGAAGCCGCCGACGAAAAGCGGCGAGUUCCUAGUCUGCGAGCUGUGCGACGCGGGCAAGCUCGCCGAUGGCAUCGCGGUCUCAACCGUCAACAAGACGGGCUCGGCCGCGAACGCUUGGGGCGAGAAGCCACAUUCAGAGGCGCAGGCGUGGUGCGACCUGGUGGAGGCGGACAGGCCGCUCGGCGUCUCGAAGCUCUUCAAGUAUUCGUGCGUGGUGUGCGUCCGCACGGCGCAGGUCUUCUCGCGCGAGUACUUUCCGAUCGCCAAGCCCUCGCAGAGCGUCCUCGCGGCGGUGCGCGAGAGCGGGUCGCACGAGGGCAUGCGCGCCCUCGUCGCGCUUGCCAAGGGCGAGGUCCUGGCCGACGGCGUCGACCCGCGGCAGCGGCGCGAGCUGCUCCUCACGCUGCACUUCUCCGUGCUCGUCUCAGAGUACGCGGCCGCCGUCGGCCUCGCCGCGACAGCCGCCGCCGCCGCCGCAGAGCAGCUCCUCUCGCCGCUGAUCGCAGACGGAGAGUGGUCUGCCUUCUCGGGCCAGCCGGCCGCCACACCGCCAGCCGCCAAGACGAUCGCACCGGCGACGGAGCCGCGCACUGUCUCGUUGUCGACGCCGCCGCAGCGUGGGGAAGCCGUGGAUUUCGUCGUCGAGAGUGUGCAGGAGACGCGUCACAACGGGCCUGUGCGGCUCUUUGCCAACGGCCGGAAGUUCGUCUGCUUUGGCCGAUACGCGAGAGGCGUGCGCUCCGGCCAGCGCAUUCGGGCGGCCGUCGAGCGGCACGAGCCAUCGGGCCGUUUCGGGCCGCAGACCGUUCUCGACCCGGCGACGCUGCGGGUCGGCGAGGCGCACAAGCGGCCGGCAGGCGGCGCGUCAGUCGCCGUCGCGCGUCCUGACAUGCCAGUCAUCCUGUCGGCGAGUCCGAGAACGACGACGGGGGCGGCGCCUCCGGCCAAGUCGGCGCUGCGCGCAGAGUCGGUGGUCGAGGUGGAGGACAUGGCUGACAAGCUCGCCGCCGAGCUGGGGCUAGCGGAGGGUGCAAAGAUCCCGGAGGUGGCCCAGGCGGCAUGUGGGAUGCUCGAGGUCGACCGCACGGGCAGCCUCGCCGCCCAGAUUGCCGCGUGCUACGCGAAGCUGUUUGCGAAGUGA